AUGUUGAAUUCAACUUUAUCUUAUUUUAGUCUUGCAGCAUAUACAAGUGUUGGAACACUGAGAUAUUUUUAUUUCAUGUUAAUUGCAUUGUUAUACACAGUAAUUGUUACUGUCAACACAUCUCUGAUAGUGAUUAUCUGUAUGAACAGAGGUUUACAUGAACCUAUGUACCUGUUUCUGUGCAGCCUGUUUGUAAAUGAACUGUAUGGUAGUACAGGGUUGUUUCCAUUCCUUCUGCUUCAGAUCCUCUCUGACAUUCACACUGUUCCUGUUCACUUUUGUUUCCUGCAGAUUUUCUGCUUGCACACUUAUGGAAAAGUAGAGUUCUGUAAUUUAGCCGUCAUGUCUUAUGACAGGUAUCUUGCUAUCUGUUGUCCUCUACAAUAUAACACACGUAUGACAUCUAACAAGGUGUUUAUCUUUAUUGGUGUGCUAUGGUUUUACUCUUUUGCUCAAUUUCUAAUUAGUUUAUCCUUAAACAUCCGGUUGACACGGUGUGGAAACAUCAUAAACAGUUUGUAUUGCAGCAACUACCAUAUUGUUAAGUUGGCUUGUUCUGACAUCAAAGUGAAUAACAUCUAUGGACUUUUUGCCACUGCUGUCAUUGUAUUAGUCCCUCUGCUUCCAAUCCUUUUCUCUUAUGUUAAAAUUCUAAAGAUUUGUUUUUCUGGCUCUAAAGAGACCAGACAAAAAGCUGUCAGUACCUGCACACCUCACCUUGCUUCUCUGUUGAAUUUUACUUUUGGCUGCUGCUUUGAAAUCCUGCAAAGUAGAUUUGAUAUGAGCAGUGUACCCGGCAUGGUACGAAUCAUUCUGUCUCUGUAUUUUCUUAUCAUACAGCCACUUCUGAAUCCUAUCAUGUAUGGAUUACGAAUGUCCAAAAUACGACAAACGUAUUAA